CGGGGAGUCAAAAAGUGCAGAAUGACGGAGAGAAGUGAGGGAAUGAAACAGUAAGAGGGAAAGGAAUACACAGUUAGACAAAUACCAAGAGAGGAAGGGAAGAGUCAUCGGGAGGAGGAGGAGGAGGCUAUCCAGAAAUGGAGUCCAAAGGAAGGAAGAAGAUCCAGUUUUCUGUGUCGACGACCCCCAGCCAACUCGACCCCAGAUCGGUGGAGAUGAUCAGAAGACGCCGACCCACACCAGCCACCCUAUUCCGAGUGUCUGAACCCCAGUCGCCAGAUGAAGACCCCGCAGCACAUCAGCCAGGGGAUCCCCAGUGUCUGAAAACAAAGAGACAAAAUCAAUAUGCCUACAUCCCCCCUUCUUUUAAAGCUGUCCAGCGCAUAGUCCAGUCUCAUUUGCAGUCCCUUGACUCUCUUGGUGACAACGAUGACGAGGAAGCUGAAGGAGAUAUUGGGAGUGAGACAGAAGAGUCCGAGGACUGCGUGAUGGAAGAGUGUGGCGUGCAAACCAAAGAAGAUGAUGGUGACCCUUCUUCAAGAAGCCUUGAGGCCCUCCUGCAUCACACCCUUCUGGAAGAGAGGACAGAAGUCACAGAGCAGGAAGACAACACGCAGACUGUUCCAGAUCCAGUGUGUGAAAAGCAAGUGGCUUCCAUUCCACAGCCAUGAUCCCGGGAUCUCUAUCUCUACGGACCGAAGCCAAACUGCUGCGCCCCAAAGAUUAGUGCGACCACCAUCCUCCCCUUCAGAGCUUGCUGCAGCGUCCCUGGACAGAGCCUGGACAAUCCUGUAUAUUUAUGUGAUAGAACCUGCUUAAUCCAAGUCAUAAAACAUACAACUUGUGUA